CGGGGCCCUCCCUCCUCGCAUCGGGGUCUUUGCAAUGGGGCGAUUUGGGGGAUCCCUGAGCCCCACUUUUCCCACCCUACAGCCGGAUGCGGGAUCCCCCCUGGCGUGUGAGGAACGUGGGAUCUGGUUCCUGGAAGGGAUCGCCACCGGGGGGGGCUGCUCUAUGGGGCAGCCCCCCACGUUCACCGCCGUGGCCCCAUAUGAGCGCUGGAUUUAUGGGGUGACGCGCGAGGCGUACUUUGCUGAGCUGCCCCCCGACCCCAAAGAGGACGAAGAACCCGAGGAUGAUUUCUGGGAGGUGCCCCGACCCACAGCAGACCCCAGAAUCUGGGGGUCACGCAAUGCCACAGAGGACCCCAACGUUGUAGGGUCACCAAAACCCAUGGAGGACCCCAAACUCACAGAGGACCCCAACAUUGUAGGGUCACCCAACGCCACGGAGGAUCCCAACACUGUAGGGUCACCCAACCCCAUGGAGGACCCCAAACUCACGGAGGACCCCAACACUGUAGGGUCACCCAACCCCAUGGAGCACCCCAAACCCAUGGAGGACCCCAACAUUGUAGGAUCACCCAAACCCAUGGAUGACCCCAAUGUUGUAGGGUCACCCAAUGCCACAGAGAACCCCAGUGUUGUAGGGUCACCCAACCCCAUGGAGGACUCCAAACCCAUGGAAGAUCCCAAACCCAUAGAGGACCUCGAUGUUGUAGGGUCAUCCAACCCCAUGGAGAACCCCAACCCCAUAGAGGACCCCAUACCCAUGGAGGAUCCCAACACUGUAGGGUCACCCAACCCCAUGGAUGACCCCAAACCCAUGGAGGACCCCAGCGUUGUAGGGUCACCCAACGCCACAGAGGAUCCCAAUGCUGUAGGGUCACCAAAACCCAUGGAUGACCCCAAACCCAUGGAGGACCCCAAACCCAUGGAGGACCUCGACGUUGUAGGGUCACCAAAACAGAUGACUCCAGCUCCACAGAGGACCCUAAUCCCAUAGAAGACCCCAAACCCAUGGAGGACCCCAAACUCGUGGAGGGCUCUGAAGAGGAAUGAAUCUCUCUUUUUGGGGUCAGCUGUGGGGUGGAGAACACGGCAAUAAAGAGGUGAUGGUCUGCA